AUGCCACAAGAUGCAAGCGAUGGAUAUGAGCGUCUUACAGACAUUGCUGAAGCAGCCAAAAACGAAGGAUCCGAACUGAAACAUGUACUGCGUGACGUUUACAGAAACUAUUCUGAAUUAGGGUCAGAUAUUCAUGAUUACUAUGAGAAGAAUCUGAAGAAGCUCCCAGAAACAGUUGGGCAAACUGCAAACGAUUUGUAUAGUUUCUCGCAAACAUUCAAAGAAGAUGCUAACAAGUUCUUGGAGUCGAUGAUGGAGUUGUCUCCACCGGAAAAGAUUUCAGGAUUCAACAUCUCAAAAUUAUUUGCCAACUCAAUAUUCCUUCUGGUCAUUGCGACGUUCUCCAGAUGCAUAGGAUCUUAUGUAACUGCUCCAGUCUUCGGAAUCAUCUUCCUAAAUGUUGGAGCAAUCAUCCUCGUAGUUAUUGUUGUUCCAAUAAUAGCCACCUAUGUUUAUCGAAAUCUUAAAGUGAGAUCAUUGGCCGAAAAACGAAUCGCCUGUGCUGGAUUCAUCUUCCUUCAAUCUGCCCUUAUUGGAUUCAUCAACCAAAAUGACUGGCUCGAAUCUGUUCCAUUCUCUGUUUUGACUCAAAUCAUCUCUUCCUUCUCGUAUCCACUCAUUCUAGCUCAUACUGAUAACAGACAGAAGAUCCUUGGAUUCGUUGCUGGAUCAUCAAUGAUUUUCCAUUUGGCACAUGGAUUUUUCUUCUCCGGAAUGGACGGCGCAUUCUUGACAAUCGUCAUUAUGUACACAUUUCUUGCAAUCUGCCUAAUUCAAUAUUCAAUUGCUUUCCGUUGUCAAACUGAUUUCGAUAUGAUGCUCUUGACAAUGCAGUACGUCUUCCUCAUUUCUGUUGUCAGAAUGUUCGCUUUCGUGAGUUUUGGAAAAGAAAAGUGA